AUGAUCAAGCCCCUUCACAUCCUCCAAUAUAAUACGAAUCGAUCUAAAGACAAGGUGAUGGCACAGUUCCUCCGGGACCCUGCGGUCCUAGAGGCUGACCUCAUCUUUGUACAAGAACCUUGGGAGAACCCCUACCAGGAUACUACUCAUCAUCCUGCUAACGGCUCCCACCAGCUCCUAUACCCGGAUUCGACCGAAAUAGGGGACGAGCGGGCCCGCGACGUUCAGGAGCUCGAGCUUACUGAUGCUGACGGCCAACAAGUGCGCAUCUUCAACAUCUAUAAUCGACCUGACGAAGCAGAUAGCACUACUCUCGAUCUCGUUACCUCCCUAACUAUCCCUACCGGCCCUACUAACAGCUCUACUAAUCCGCGUUUGCUCCUGUUAGGCGACUUCAACCUCCACCACCCGGCGCUCGUUGCCUGCGAGGUCAACGAACGAGUCCACGCAGAUUCGGACCACUAUCCUAUACGAACUCUUCUGGAUAUCAGCACUAAAACCCCUGAGGCACAGCGACGAAGGAACUGGAAAGCCUGCAGCGUCAAGGACCUGCAGAGCUUCGUAGACUUUAACCUACAGACCAAGGCCUUUCCCUUACAAACGAAGCAGCAUAUUGAGCUCGCUAUAGAAUACCUUAUCGAGACAGUCAACCAAGGAAUCGCUGCCUCUACCCCGUGGGCGAAGCCCAGCAAGUGGGCGAACCCUUCAUUCAAUGCAGAAUGCCGCGAAAUGGUCAAGAUCACCCGGAAAUUCCGGCGUAAGUACACGGAAUCAGUUAUUACGAACGGCCCUACCGACCCUACCACGGGCCUCCGGUGGGAGCGCUAUACCAAAGUCAGGAACCGCAAAGGAAAGGUAUUGGCUAAGGCACUGCGCCAGGGCCACCGUUCCUGGGUCCGCAAGGCUACCGAAUCAGGCCCUCGAGGCAUGUGGAAGGCAGCUAAGUGGGCGAGGAGCAGGGAGGCCCGCGGAGGCCUUAUACCGACGCUGAAGACGGAUGACGGGCUCGCAGAGACCGCAGAACAGAAAGUAGAGGCGUUUCGCAAAGCUUUCUUUCCUGAACCACCCCCGGCCGACCUCUCUGACAUCCCUACGGCCCAGAUACCUCCCCAGAUCGACUUCCCGGAUCUUACCGAGCACGAGGUGCUCCGCUGUAUCAGGCGGGCGCCUCCCGAUAAAGUACCAGGGCCGGAUGGCAUCCCUAACAAGGUCUGGCACUGGCUGGGUGAGGUCUUCUCCUUUCUCACUGUACUAACGCAGAUAUUUAACGCGUGUCUACGUCUUGGGCAUAACCCGGAAUACUUUCAGCAAUCGACUACUGUAGUACUGCGUAAAACAGCCCCUCGGGAUUAUCGCCUCGCCAAAUCCUACCGACCUAUAGCGCUCCUGAAUACCCUCGGCAAGAUCCUGGAGGCCGUAGCUACAGUACGGAUCGCCUGGGCCCUGGAAGAGCGCAAUCUCCUACCCAGGAGCCAUCUAGGGGGCCGCAGGGGUAUCUCAGUCGACCACCUGAUCCAGUUGCUCCUUGACCAGAUCUUUGAGAGUUGGGGCAAGGGCCGGAAGGUCAGUAUGUUACUUCUAGACGUGGCUGGCGCCUUCGACAACGUCUCGCAUAUAUGA